UAAACCUCUGGUUCGUUUCUCGGUAAUUUGACUGUAACAUAAGUUUACAAACACCAGCUGGUCGCUCGUUGGGUUGGUAUUGUUGUUGUUGUUAUUGUUGUUGGCCUGAGUGAGUCUCAAACGUGACGCCGUUGAACGGCAGAACCGUCUUCCCCCAAGAUGAUAAAGUUCAUGCUCAUGGUGAACCGCCAGGGUCAGACCAGACUGUCCCGGUUCUACCAGCCGAUGGAGCUCAGCAGGAGAACGCUGCUGGAGGCCGACGUGGUCCGCUGCUGCCUGAGCCGCAAGAAAGACGAGUGCUCCUUCGUGGAGUACAAAGACUUCAAACUGGUUUACCGUCAGUACGCCGCUCUGUACAUCGUGGUCGGGGUCACGGACAACGAGAACGAGCUCUCCGUCUACGAGCUGCUCCACAACUUCGUGGAGGUUCUGGAUAAAUACUUCAGCCGCGUGAGUGAACUGGACAUCAUGUUCAACAUGGACCGGGUCCACGUCCUCCUGGACGAGAUGAUCCAGAACGGCCUUGUGGUCGAGACCAACAAGAGCCGCCUCCUGGCGCCGCUCGCCGCCCUCGACAAGAUGGCCGAAGGCUGAGACUGGACAGGAAGUGAUGUCACAGACUGAGCGGCUCAAACGCUGCUGUAGAAAUAUAUUUUUGUAUCCCGGUGUCUAUUUAAUUCAUAAUUUUGUCUCGUUAAUAAACACAAACGCGUCGUUACCUCAUA